AUGGCUCCCAAGUUCUUUGUUCUUGCUCGGGUUGUCAGCAGAGAUAGAGCUCUUGAAUUUUGGAGAGAAAGGCUUGUCCACCUUUGCGAGGUUUCCAAGACAGAACCCUACGGCGAUUCAUACUACUGGGGUUACGAUUUAGACGGCGCCAAAGACACACUCUGGGGAUUGGAAGGGUACACUCACCCCAUCGGCUUCUUCAUAGACCAUGUGUCAUCCGACAUUUUCAAGCGCGAGAUGGAGCUUGUCGAUAGGGACAGGCUGCUCAGAACUGUGCAGGGGCUCGGGAGUCCAGAUUAUGACCUCCAUCAUUACGACCAGUACGGCGGGUACCUGAAGCGGGAGGAUGACCCCGAUGCCGACUCGAAGACCAGCGUCGUGGUGGCAAUUCACUACUGGGCCGUUCAAGAGAGUCGGCGAGUAGAGGUUCUGGACCGUCUGGUCAAUUUCUCAACACAAGCUCGCCAGGCCGCCGUCAGGCUGCAGAGCGCGCUGGUCUUGAAAGAAUGCAGGGACAUGACCCUGAGCACACUGUGGUUGCGCUUUGAUUCAUUGCAAGCUUGGGAGGACUUGCAAAUUUCAGACGAAUACAAGUCACUUGCUGCGGGCAUGGAACCCUUGACGAGAUCUACGCAAGUCCACCGUUCGCAGAUAUUUAAUGGACACCUUGGGUUAAAGGAUACGGGUGUGGUCGCCGAGGCAUAG